CCUGACGAAUAAAAGUCGCUUUCUGAAAGCUGUGAGUUUAUUAGGUUUAGUUUCCGAUCCUACUUUUUGGUCCUGCGUGUUUUUGGCUAGAAUCAGUGAUCUCCAUGCGAACUAAUUCACCAAAAAUAUUUACUAUAACAACAUUUUAAAAGGCACAACAGUGAAAGCAGCAUAAGAACUACUCAUCUGAAAACAUGGGAGUUAUACAACAGUUUUUGCUUCUUAUUUGGAAGGGUUUAUUGCUUCGCCGACGCCACUACAUUGUCACAGGAUUUGAGGUCAUAAUUCCCCUCUUGCUAUCAGCACUUCUUGCGUAUCUCAGGACCCUUGGCCCAACAAACACAGACAUUGGAACACCAGGGAAACAUAAUGCUACUAUAUUUAAACCAGUAAAUCCACUCACUUUGAACUCAGCAUUUAUUGACUACAGUCAGUCCAACAAAACUUUUUUUUACUGUCCCCAAAAGCAAGGAAAUAAACGGUUGUUGGAAAAGGCCUUCAGCAAGAUUAAAAAGUCAAGCAUGGGUUUUAGAACUCCAAAUUUACAAGGAGUUGAUUCUGAAAAGGACAUUGAAUUACAAGCAUCAAAAGCAUAUGCAGAAUCAAAAUAUGAUUCAUACUUUAUUGGGGGAAUUGUUUUUGAAGAUACCAGUGACAGUUCUCAUGAUUUAACCUAUAAAUUACGUUUACCGAACUGGAUGUACAGAUUUCAAACAUCAAAAACUUAUCCACCUUUUUCAGACCCUGGACCAAAUACAUAUGAUGAAUACAAGUACAGUGGGUUUUUGUGCCUUCAGUCUGCUGUUGCUCUGAGUCAUGUUGAAAUGCUACAGGAGGAUGAAAAAGGAAUGAAAGAAAAUCUUUCGUUUACUACAGAAAUACAGCAGUAUCCUUACCCUCCAUACUUUGAAAGCAGUUUUAAUAUUGCAACACUGAUUCCUACAAUGAUUAUUACUGGUUUAAUAAUUUUGGUUCCAGUUAUUGUGCGACGGAUUGUGGCUGAAAAAUCAAAUGGAGCAAAAGAAAUGAUGCGAAUGAUGGGACUAAAUGACUGGUGUUAUUGGAGUGCUACAUUCUUCAACAACUUUCUUGUUAUGCUGUUCAUUUCAGCAUUCAUCACAAUUUUAUUUAAGAUCAACUUUAUAAAAGACAUUGCUGUACUUUCCCACACUGAUGGAUUUUUGUUAUUUAUAAUUCUACUUUUGUACAGUGCAGCAACAGUACUAUUUUGUAUCACUAUCAGCACAUUUUUCAAUAAACCUGUGGUUUCAGUGAUCGUUACAAUUAUUCUGUGGCAAUGCACUUAUUCUGUUCCCCAGAAUUUAAUGGAUCCAUAUGGUGGCAGCAAGUAUAGUGACAUAUCUCUAAGUCAAAAACUUGCCUCGUGUUUAUUACCUAACAUGGCACUUCAUUGGGCAGUACGAGUAAUGUCUACUCUUGAAUCAUUCAAAGAAGGAGCAACGUGGGCUAACCUAGGGAAGGCUGCUUUGCCAGAAGAUAAUUUAACUCUUGGUGCCAUCAUGGGAAUGAUGGUAGCAUCAUUGGUUGUUUAUGGUGUGAUAACCUGGUAUGUUGAUGCAGUCUGGCCUUGGCAGUUUGGAAUACCGAAACCUGUUUAUUUUCCUUUUAUGCUAUCCUACUGGGGCUUCAGAAAACCAAAUUUUAAGUACCAUGAAAUAGAACUUGAAGAUACUAGCAAAACCACAUAUUUUGAGGAAAACCCCGUGGAACAAAAUCCUGGUAUAACAAUAUCUCACCUUUCUAAGGUAUUUGGGUGGGGUAGUAGACGUAAAAACGCUGUGAACAAUGUUUCUCUCAACAUUUAUAAAGGACAGAUAACAGCUUUGCUUGGACACAAUGGUGCAGGAAAAACAACAACAAUGAACAUGCUAACUGGUCUCUACCCACCAACAGCAGGAACUGCUUCUAUUAAUGGUUAUGACAUUCUUACUGAUACUAAAAGGGCACGACGGAGCUUGGGACUGUGUCCACAACAUAAUGUUCUUUAUAAUGAUUUAACUGUUGAAGAACAUCUGAAGCUGUUUGUAGGAUUAAAAGGAUGCUCAUGGAAUGAUAUCCAAAAGGAGGUAGACAACAUUCUUCACCUUCUGGAUCUUCAGAAUAAAAGGCAUGAUCUAGCUGAGAAGUUAUCUGGUGGAAUGAAAAGGAAAUUGUCCUUGGGAAUAGCAAUGAUCGGAAAAUCAGAGGUUCUUAUAUUGGAUGAACCCACAUCUGGUAUGGACCCUAGUGCUAGACGUGUUAUCUGGGACAUUUUACAGAACAUCAGACAGACUAGGACAAUCUUGUUCACUACUCAUUACAUGGAAGAGGCUGACACACUCGGUGAUAGGAUUGCUAUCAUGGCUGAUGGAAAACUUCAAUGUUGUGGGUCACCAGUGUUCCUGAAGAAAAAGUUUGGUGCUGGUUAUUAUCUAAGAAUAGCAAAGGGAGAUUUGUGUGAAAUGGACCAAGUGACUCAAGUGGUGCAGAAACAUGUAACAGAUGCUUAUCUUGAGGACAGUAUGAACACUGAACUUCUAUAUUCACUAGCAAGUAAUCAGACUUCAUCUUUUCCAUCCUUGUUCCAUGAACUGGAGAAAUCAAAAGAUAAGCUUGGUAUAACAGCUAUUGGUGUGUCUGUGACUACCAUGGAAGAUGUGUUUAUGAAGGUAGGGCAGAUUGCAGAAGAAACUGUAAAAGAAAGUGAUUUUUCUAAUAAAUCGAACAGACCACUUCAGUGUAGUGAGAAUAUUUCAGUCAUGCAGAGGUCAGACCUACCAAAGUUGACUGGAUUGAAGCUGUUUUUCCAACAACUGAAGGGAUUACUAAUCAAACGAUUCCACUAUACAAAACGUCAUUGGGUGCUGGCAUUGUUUCAACUUGUUUUGCCUAUUUUGAUUAUUUGUUUGAUGAUGUGGAUAGAUAAACUCACCAGUGGAGGACUGUCUAAUGACUCCCCACCUCUCAGAUUGGACCUUAAGGGAAGCUUUGGUUAUACAAAAGGUUUUUAUGGGUACACUGGUAAUAUGGAUCCAAAGUGGAUCACUCUAUACAAACAAACAUUGGAACAUGCUGGUGUUAAGGUGAAAGAAAAUGUCUCAGAUCCAAACAAAUAUCUCCUGGAAAUUGGAGAAGAUGAUUUCAGCAGUUUUGUCAAAAAACAUAUGGUUGGAGGUGUUUUUAAAUCUUCAGACAACAUUUUAAAAUUAACUUCAUGGUACAAUGGAGAACCAUAUCAUGUUGCAGCAAUGUCUUUAAAUUUGAUGCAUACUACGAUGCUACGUUAUGUAACAGAAGUUGAUACAGCUUCCAUAACAGUGGUAAACCAUCCUUUAACAGGAAGCACCAUUGACACUAUAAACAAUAUUGCAGCUGCUUUUGUUAGCCGACUUCUUUGCACAAUUUUUCUACCAAUUGCUUUCACUUUCUUUUCUUCAGCUUUUAUUUUGUUUCCAGUUCAGGAAAGAAUUUCUAAGGCCAAAUUAAUUCAGCUGAUGACUGGAAUUCAAGGAAUUACAUACUGGGUGAUGAACUUUGUCUGGGAUUUCAGCAUUCAUUUUGUUUGUUCUGUGCUUAUUCUUAUUCCAUUUUUUGCUUAUGACCCCAACAAUGUUUAUUCUGGUCAAUCAGAGUCUAUAGGUGCUGUAUUCUUGUUGAUGCUUCUCUAUGGCUUUGCUUCUAUUCCACUGAGCUAUAUCUUCUCAUUCAUACCCAAGUCGCCAUCCACAGGUUUUGUUUUGCUUGCUAUAAUCAACAUUAUGGGAGGUAUGAUAUUAUCUAUAACAUGUUUGAUGAUGGAGACCACCGAUAAUAUGCUAGAAAAGACAGUUAAUAUACUAUGUUGGGUCUUUCGCUUUAUUCCCAACUUUGCCUUAACUUGGGGAUUCGGAAACAUCAACAGAAUCAGCCAAGGAAAUAGCUUAUGUGAUAAACUAACAAAGGAAAACAUGAAAGAUAUAUGUCCUUCUAUUAUUAUUAUGAACACAAGCCCUACUAUAACAAAGUGUUGUAAUUAUUUAUUCCAUAACAAUGGCUCUAUACCAAGAACAAACCCAAUAACUUGGGAUAAAAAUGGCUGUGGUCGAGAUAUGCUUACACUUUUUAUUAGUGGAAUAAUCCUCUUCUCACUCCUCCUCUUCAUGGAGACAAACCUUGCACGAUUCUGGUACCAGUUUAAAGCUGCAGUGAAAAAAACACAAAACUUGGUUUUUUCAGGUUCAUACACUACAUAUGUAGAUCAAGAUGUGGAUGUUACACAGGAACAAGAUCGUAUAGAAGAUCUCCUUCAGCAAGGACAAGUAGCAUCAGAGGCAUUGGUGGUGACAAAAUUGACCAAAUACUUUAGCACUCUGUGUGCAGUGGAUAGAUUGACUCUAGGAGUGCAUAAGAAGGAAUGCUUUGGUUUACUUGGUAUCAAUGGAGCAGGAAAGACAACAACUUUCAGAAUGUUGACAGGAGAUUUGAUGCUGACUGAGGGAAAUGCUUAUAUUGGUGAAUACAGCUUGAGGCAGGAUUUAAAAAAGUUUCAAGAACACAUUGGCUACUGUCCCCAGUUUGAUGCUCUGAUUGACAAGUUAACAGGUCGAGAAAUGUUGUAUCUCUUUGCUCGUCUACGUGGAGUACCAGAAACACUCAUUAGUCACACUGUCACAGAACUCAUUGAGAUGAUUGAUCUCAAGCAACAUGCAGAGAAAGUCACAGAGAAAUAUAGUGGGGGUAAUAGACGGAAACUGUCUUUAGCUCUUGCCCUGAUUGGAACACCAAAGGUAGCCUUUUUAGAUGAACCAACUUCAGGAGUAGAUCCAGUUGCUAGAAGGAAAAUAUGGACUGCUUUAGAAACAAUCAGAGCUUCCAGUGGAAUGGCCGUAGUUCUUACAACUCAUAGCAUGGAGGAAUGUGAAGCACUUUGUUCCAGACUAGCUAUAAUGGUCAAUGGUCAGUUUAGAUGUCUGGGAGGAAUACAAUACUUGAAGUCAAAGUUUGGCCAGGGUUCAACUCUGAUUGUUAAACUGGAGAGAGAGAAAGCUCUGGACAGUAAUGUAAUAUCGUAUGUGCAAGAAUUUGUUCGAGAGAAGUUUCCAGGAUCUGUUCUGAAGGAUAUUCAUCAGGGUAUGCUUCACUACCACAUCACAGAUAACUCCAUCCCUUUGAGUUACAUUUUCAGUGUCAUGGAAGAUGCCAGGCAAGAGCUCCACCUGGAAGAUUAUCUAGUUAGUGACACUACACUAGAACAAAUAUUCUUAGCCUUUGCUAGAUCUCAGAGAAUUGUUGCAGAAAGCAAGUAAUGUUAGAAUACCUCACAAUUAUCAAUCAUACCAUGUACAUUUAAUUAUGAUUUUUGUGAAAUAGCCUGUCGCUUUUUAUGUACUAACAGAAAAACUUGCAUUAAUGUAUGACAGCUGUAUUAUUUAACAUGGUAGUUCCAUUUUAGAGGUCUGUGUUUUAACAGCUAAACUUGGCCUGAAAAUAGUGGACUUGUCAUUAAGGUUAGUAUCUGGCUUACCAUAACAAAAGUACAUAAUUUAUGUUUGUAUAGUUUAUUAAUGCAAUGAUUAUUCUAUAAGAAGAUAUGAUUAUUGUGUAACUGAAAAGUUAUGUUAUGUUUUAAUUGGUAGAUUACCUAUAAAAUUCAGUACACACAAUAAAAAAUGUGUUUUGUAAAGUCAAAAUUAAAAACUGGUUUCACAUUUUUAUGUAAAAUGGUUAAACCUAUUGGUGUUUCCUUUUCUUUAAAGAUAUAUAUGUUAUAAACAUAGUGAUUUAAAAUGGAAACAAUGAACAUCGUUUUCUAUUGGAAUUAAUUUUUUUGCAGAAUUGAUAAAUAUGUUUCUAAAUACAGUAAAAAUCAUUUAAAUAAAAUUUGAAAUAUAAGGCAUUCAUUGAUUGAUUAUCAAUAAGUAGUCAUGUACAUAGUGUUUACUUUCUUUAGAAGAUAGCGUUACAUACAUACAUAAUAAUGCCAGGUGCGGGGUGCAAAUUUUAUGACAAAUGAACAUAGAAUCCUUAGCAUUUCCUUGUGUUAGACAAUAAAUUUGAACAAUAACAUGUUAUCAAAAUAUUUUAAAACAUUCAUAGACUUCAAAAAAAAAAAAAAAA